GGAGCAUCUGGUUACGACUGGGAACCGCCACCCGUUUCACGACACCGAGCUGUGGGAUGUCGACGUCGGCGGACGAGCCGGCGUCGCCGAAAUCUGCCAUGCGCUUUGGCGCGUCGUACUGGAAGCAGCAGCUCUUGGAGGCCAAAGAUAAACUCAAGGCGACUUUGACCGUGCAUGGUCGGGAGCUUCAGACGAUCCAGCGCCACCGACGAUGCGACACAUCGAUGCGGCUACCGACCGCAACCGCGCUCGAGGACGCGCGGUCUCUAAUUCUUCGGCGUCUCAUCGCGCCAAGCCCGGCGCUCCAAGACGAGCUAUGGGUCGAGUCGCCCUUGCAUUCGACGACAGCCGACUCUGUCGUGGACGACCUCUCGCGCUUUCUCGUCGACCGAAGGGACCGCUUCCGGACCCACCGCGCCAAUGUACUGUCACGGCUCUCGCAGACCCAUCGCGUCAUGUCCGAGCUCGUUGCCGCCCUCGACGCCGAGACGAGCUCCAUCCAAGCCGACGAAGCUGCAACGACCCUUGCGCUGGCGCGUCUCAACGAUGCAAAAACCGCCGACGUCGACGAUCUCAGUCAGUACUUGAGCUUUCUCGAGGCACAGCUCCGACAUACCAAGCUCACGACGCGCUUCACGACGCACCUCUCGUGGCUUGCCGAGAGCCACCGGCCGUCGCUGCUUCGACGCAUGCAUGCGAUGCUGCAGCCCAACGGCUCGGCGUCGCCACGUCCCGAGAACGACGAUGCUGGCAGCCGCACGGACGCGCCACCGAUCUUUCUUCUUUCGGCCCAAGCGGUCGAGGUGGCCAUCCACAGCUUCUUGCGCAAACUGGGCUAUCACGACGACCGGCCCGAGCUCGAGUCGGACGAUGACUUCCUGCAUGCGGUGCGGCAGCUCUUUCCGGUGCAUUUCGCAUCCCAUUGGACGCCGUUCGUCGAUGACACCAGCUGCGUCACGCGCGUGCGCACGACGUGGUCGCUCGGGUCACUCUUUCCCAUCGCGUCCGACUGGGCGCGUCACGAGGGGGGCACGUGUCCACCCGACAUGCUUCUCGAUGCCGAAGUGCACUUUGCACUUGUCCAAAACGUUGCGCGGGUCAUGGAGCGACUCGAGACGCUGGCGACGACGCAUCUCAAGCGGGCCCACGUCACGCUGGUCGACGCCGACAUCGACCCGCCACCGAGCGACGCCAAGCUCAAGAGCUAUUACCUCCUUCGGCACCUCUACCUCCGCCAAACCAAACACCGCGUCCUCGAGCUACUCAACGUCGCGACCUCGAUCGAACGCCAUCUGUGUCUCGACGCCGCCAGCACCGGUCGGGAUGCGUACGACGUCAUCGCCGAGCCGCAUUUGGUCGCGCGCACCCCAGGCGGCGGUCUUCUCUUGUACGACGCUGCGUGGGAAAAUGCCAUCGCCCUCGACCGCCAUCUCGUCGCCUUGGGCAGUCGCUACGUGCGCGAUACCGAGCAGCAGAGUCGGACCGCGCCGAUCGUGGACCGUGGUAGCACCUUGGUCGACUUGUACGACGCGGCCAUGUACUUUCUCGAAGCCAACAUUCGAUUGGGCUACCACGUCUUUACGCGUCUCUACCUGCGCGUGACGUCGCCCGUCGCCCAGGCCAAGCUUCGCCAAACGCUGGUGACGUGGAUCCACACAACACCCCUCGUCGAUCGAGACGCCUCGUACUUUUGGGACGCCUACUCGUUCCAGGUCGUUGUGCUGGACGUGCAGCGGCAGCUCUUGGUCGACAUGGAGGCGCGCCUUGCGGUGGCACUUGCAGUUGAGGCGAUGACGUUUUCGCCGCUCGAGGCGAUGGUCGACGUGGUCCAAGCGCUACAGGCGGCUUUGGUGGCGGUCGAGACACGCAUGCCGGCGUCUCGGGUGCUGCAUAAGCUCGCGCUUGACCGCGCCGUCGUGGAACACGCCGUCGUGCUCUGGCACCGCGUCCUCGACGAAGACCACGGCUACACGAACGCCUCGAGCUCGUUCUGGACAACCUCGCGCUACGUGCAGUACUAUACCAAUGACGCGACGUCGUCGAUUGUGGCGGAAGCCGCACGGGAUCUGUCGCGCCAAAGCGGCGGCGACACCGGCAUCAUGGUCAAGCACCUCGGGCGCGCAGUGCAGUUUGUGCAGCUGCAAAUGGACUUAAGUCGGCUCGUGUACGCAUCCGCGCACGUCGACGCGAUCUCGCGAAGGAGCUUGGCGCCCUUUGCACUCGCACCACCACCGGCGACCGAAUCGUACCUCGACCACCCCGCCGCGGUCGAGGCGCUCGAUUUCACCUCGUGGCCGCGACUGCGGUGCAUCCUCGACUGGGUCCAAGUCCAGAUCAACGGCGACGCGCCGUUGGCGUGGCUCGCCGCCACCGUGGUCACGCAGCGCGCCGAGCUCGCGUUCCAAAGCGCAUGCCUCUGCUUCAAUCGGCUCGUGAUGGACCCCAUCGACGACUUUGAUGUGACAUACGAAGCGCUCUUUGAAGCGCACAAAACCGAGCAGCUACGCAACGUGGAGCUCGAAUCCAACCACCGGAGCUUUCUCAUGCACCUCGAUAGCGCGGUGGGGCGGCGACUGCUAGCGGAAAAAGUUCGGGCGCGCGUUAACGACGAGCGCCACACGCUGCGCCCACUCCUUUUGCAGCCCGAGACAAAGCGGUCGUGUAUUAUUGCCGAACUUAACGCGGCGUACGCGAUCAAGGUCGAUACGAUGCAUGCGAGCGAGAGCUUGGAGACACUCAUGCACGACAUGCUCAAGCUCUACAAUGCGCAAUUGCUGGACGACGUAGCGAGCGAAACGUGCUUGACGCAGCUCUGCCACGUCAUCGCGAACCUCGAUGUGAUUGGCCGACGCGUGCAGGCACCGUCUGUGAACCCGUUCGUGCCGCCACCGACGGCGCCGCUCGAGCGCUGGUUUCUCGACGAGCUCGUGCCGCUCGAAGACAAGUUGUCCAAACCAACCGAGACACUGUUUGAAACAAAGUGGGUCCCAGGGGAUCUCACGCAUUUCUUGCACUUGCCCCGCGCGCAGCGGAUUCUCCAGUACUUUCAAGCGACCGAGACGGCAUCGCUGGUUCGCCCGACACUGUCGAUGUACCUUCGAUUUCAAGACAUUCUGCACUGCCUGUGCUUUCGCGCCGCCUUGCAUCGGCAAGCCGUCGACGACGUCUUUGGCACCGAAGUCCGCGACCUCGUGCACCAGCUGCAGCACCAGUGCGCACCCGCCGAGCCGCUCGCCGUGGUUCUCGACUGGCUCCACGCCAAGCGCGAGACGUCAGCCACGUGCGUUUGGCUCACGCUGCAAGCCCUCUUGCGCGACCCAAGCGUGCUUCCGCCGCUCCAGCAAGAAGGUGCGUGGGUUGUCUCGACAUACGGCAAGCGCGGCGCGAUGCAUGGCGUCACCUUGCUCCGCGCUCUGCCCGAUGCCGUCGUCCAGAACGCCCGCGUGCUCUUCAAGCGCCUCGAGGCGCGCUGCGUCGAAAACAGCGCCGGAAAAUCGUAUCUGCACAAGUUCGAGGCCUUCUUGGGGCUUCGGGCGUUCUACUUUGCGCAGCCCACGUCCGAGAGCGGCGAGGUAGGUCUAUGGCGCGUGCUGACAUCGGAAAUGGCCGCGGGCGAUGUCCCCAAGAAGCAGCUCAGUCGGCAACAGCUCGAUUUGGACGUUCCCGAGGCGCGCAUUCUCGACCAGUACAUGGACAACCUGCGGAAUUACAUUGAGCUCUGUCUUGUGAACGCCGACAUGACGCAGUGCACGGCGAUGUUCCAUCAACUUGUUGCAUCCCCGAGCCCAUCGCGCGAGACCGGCCAUGCCAAUACGGCCUUCGUCGCCAAUGUGAUGCGCGAUAUGGCCGCACCCAAUGCGGAUGUCCAUGCGAUCCUCACGCGCUUUUGCGAUACCGUCCACGCCGCCAGCCAGCGGGAAGCCGACAGUCGGCUGCAGAGCGUCGAACACAUCAACACGCAGCUGCGUCACGCCGUGCGCGUCUUGGAAACGUCGCAGGCCGAUUUGGUGGCCAAGCUGGCGCGCGCGGCCCACGAAACCGAGCACGACCGCACGACCGCGGCGGUCGACAAGUCGUAUGCGAUCGUUUUGGACUUGGAGCGUGCGCGGCACGAGCUCGGGCGGGUGGCCCACGAAGGCGACGUCCAGCGCGCCAAGGUCACGGCGAGCGUGCGCGCCGAGUACGAAGCCAAGCUGCGCGAGCUCUCGAGCGCAGUCAUUGCCAAGCACGCGAAAUUCGACGAGUACCGCGCAAGUGUGCAAGCGGACUUGCGCCAGCAGAUCCACGCGCAGCAAAAGACCUCGAUCGAGUCCUUUAUUGCCUCCGGGGCCGUCCCGAUGCAAGUCAAGAGCCAACUCGUGCGCGCGGUGCGCGCCAACGAAGAAAUCGAUAUCAUUAUGGAUGAAAACACCAACUUGAAGCACGCGCUCGUCAAAGUACGCGCCUUGUACGAGCUGCGGGAAGCGUCGCUUGUCGCGGGCCACGAGAAAGCCCUUGGGCUUGUCCACGCCCAGCUGGCCAAAGCCAAGCUGGCGCAGCAUGAAAAAACGCGUCUCGAGGCACAGCUCGAGGCGUCACGGACCGAGAUCCUGAGCUUGCGCAAGCAACUGGCUGUCGCCACGCUGCCAGGCUAUGCAACCCGCGCAUCGGUGUCAUCGACCACCGAGCCACCAGAGGCAACGACAACGACGACGGCACCGGCGUUCUCGGCCCUCUCGUCGUUUACGCAGCGCCUGCGCACCCGCCGCAGCACCGAUGUAUCGGCCAACGUUGGCCACGUUGAAAGCCCAACCAAAGACCCGACGCCACCAACCAAGGACGACGGCACAAACAACGAUAUCGACGACGACGACGACGACGAAAGCAGCACCGGCGUCUCGGAUGCGGACGGCCCGGCGAUCGACGAGCUGGUACCGAGAGCAAAAGAGGAGAACGUGCUUGCGAUGCGAGCGCAUUACGAGCGGGCGACGCACCACAUGCAGAUGGAGAUUCGCCGGCUCCAGGCCCAAGUCAAGGCCGAGAUGCGCCUCAAGGCAUCGGCACUCGAUCAGCUCACACACGCCCGCGCGCACGCGCAGGAGCUCGUACAAACCGAGCUGCAGCGACUAAGCGACGAGGCCGUCGCCGCCAACGCCAAGCACGCCGACGCGGUGCGGGAGCUCAUGGCGCUGCAAGAGCUCACGGCACCGACGCCCGAGCCGUUCCGCCACACGCGCGUCAACGCAAGCCGCCCGAAAUCGUCAAUGGCGCGGGCGUUCCAGUCGCCCAUGAAGCCGAUGGCGCGCCCGCAGACGUCGGGGUACGCGCGGCCGGGGCCGUCGGCGCGGCCUCUGCGCGGCAACCAGGCUACUGUCGAGGCCGUCAUGGACGCCCGACCCAAGUCGGCGUACUCGACCAAGGUCAAAGAGGUCAUUCAGCAAGAGAUUGAAGGCGUCAACCAAGCGCUCAUGCCACGGCUGCGACCCCUGUACCGAUAG